GCACAUAUAACGAAGAAUCGCUUUAGUUCAGAAACAACAAACUUAAGCAGCCCUUGAGAAUAAUACAGAACAGACAGGAAGAACCUAAACACAUUUUACCUGAUAAGACUGUGCUCAGUUUUAUUAAGUUAAUAUGAACCAGAGGUAGCUGCGGAACAAUUUAAUUUAUGGAAAUUUAUUACUUUAUAUAAUUACUAUUGCAUAUUUAUAUCUUUUUAGAUGAAUUAAUAAUAAUCUAAGAGUUGGAUUUUUAACCUCUAAAUAUGAACCUUAUUUGCAGUUUUUUGGUGUAAAUUUAUCAGUAGUACUUAAGAAGAAAGCAUAUCUUGUUUUUUUUUUAAUUUUUGAAUUACCUCAAAAUUACCUAAAAGCACAAACAGUAUAACUGCUAUGAGGGUGUUUCUGAGCUUGCUGAUUUGCCUUAUGGUACUCUUGUACUUCAAUGCAUCUUCAGAGAUAUGUAAUGUUUCAAGUUCAGAAAAGUCCUACUUUGAUAAUAGUCUAAGCCGGUGCUGCUCACUAUGUCCUCCAGGAACAAAGGUCAGCAAGGUUUGUACUGCUACCCAAGACACACAAUGUGAGGAGUGCCCUCUGGGUCAUUUCACAGAUAUCUGGCAUAUGGCACUAGAGUGUGAGAGAUGCAAUAAUCAUUGUGAUGAAGAAUAUAACCUAAUCGAGGUACAGCCAUGCAGGAACCAGACUCAGAGAGAAUGCGGCUGCAAGCCGGGGUAUAUUUGCACCUAUUUAAUGUCUUCUACUUGCCUUACCUGCACUCCCAUCGUCAUCCAAGUUGAUCAAUCAUCAAAAAACAAAACUUUGGACUGCUCAGAGGGUACAUUUUUAAAUAAAUCAAGCAACAACUGUGUGCGACACACAGAUUGCCAUAUCCUUGGACAAAAGACAAUAUUUAAAGGGAACGCCACAGCUGAUGCAGUGUGUCAAGAUAAAGUGUCUACACCAGACAGAAUAGGUUCUGUCAUUGAUUUUGUAUGUAUUAUAAUAGUUGGAAUCAUCACUGCAAUCUGCAUUUUAGCAUUUUUUAUUCAAAAAUGUGUUCAUAAGGUUUCUUCUAUCAAGCUAGUGUUCCGGCUAUGCUGUAAUGAAGACAUUAGGGAGGAAAACGGUAAUGUCCAGCCUAAGGGUGAACAGUUGAUUAUAAAUCCUUCAACUACAGAGAGUAUAGCGAACAAUAGUCAAAAUGACAGGAAAAUUGAUACCACACAGUGCAUGUCCUAUGAUGGCAGUGGUACAAGAGAUACUGCUCAUUUUGACCUGGACAGCUCUCCAAUAAGCACCAACAGCACAGAUUCAACAAGUGGCCUCUUUGGACCACUGCAUAUCUAUAGUCCUGGCACGGUCAUUGUAGGAUUGAUUAACAAUGUUCAAGACCAUUCUUUGGAGCCAAAUCAACAUCAGGGAGAGCCAAGGGCUGAGAACACAGAUUUAUCAAAGGAUAAUGAUCUGCACUAUCCAGAACAAGAGCAUGGCACUUCAUGGUCUUUCAGAGGACAUCCACAGAAAGAUGGAAAAGACAGUCACAUCUCAAAGGAAGAACACUUAGACUCAGACUACAUAUGUAUUUCAGAGGUCUCACAGGGAAAUGUCAGUGAAACAAAAGAAAAGAGUGUGCACAACUCAGGGACUGGGAGAUUGAUUUUUUAGCCUACUAGACAUAAAUACAGACAACAGGAUAUACUGGCUUUUUCCUUACUUUUUUAUAGGUGAACAUUAGCCAAAAACAUCCCCUAAUGAAUAAUUUCUGCAAAUGUUUUGAUAGCAGUGUUUACAGGUACAGUUUUAAUGUUUAAGUCUGAUGUUAUGUCUGCUUAAACAUACAUGGCAACAUUUUAAUGUUUAAUAUGGCAUCAAACAAGGCACUGUAAAAAGACAGCAAUUCAAUUUAAAUAAGUUUAGUUUAUGGGUGAUUAUUUGAUCCUGUCCUUCAAAUCAGUCUGAAACUUGGUAGGUGGAUCUGAAGAGGCAUUUCCAGAUAUAAAAUUUUCAUACCUUUUUAGCAUUACCAUUAACAUGCUGACUGAGCUCCAGAAAUGUGGUUUUGGUGAGUUGUGUAACCCAUGAAAAAUGAUAACAGGAACUUUGGCUUCUGCUGCCAGAUUGUGUAUUGCAUAAAAAUAUUCAUAACUACAAAAAAGAGGCUGUAAUCCAUCUUUACAAGCUCAGCAGUGUUUGUAACUGGCAUUCUGGUUAAUGGACUGGUGCAUUUAUUUUCCAGCCUGGACAAGUAGGAUAAAUAAACUUUCAGAUUCCAUGCUUUCCUAAUAUACUCUACUUCUGAAUGCCAGUUCACUUUCCACUACCCUAGAGCACAAUACAUGUUCUUUGGAUGUGAAAGUACUCUACAUUACAACUGUGAUUCCUUCUUGUACUAAUUCCAGCAUCAUUUCAGCAAGUGGACUCCUGACUACUGGUGGAAUUAAUCAAAAAGUUUAAAAAGGCUUAAUUUAUAUAUAUUCUAAAAUGAGCAUUUAUUUGUGCAUACUGUAUCAGGUUUUAAAAUGUGCAUACUUGUACAACAGCAACAGCUUAGUAAGCUCUCCAAUUUAAAAAAAAAAAUGUUUUAUUUCUGAAUAUAUAUUUUUCCUAGGACACCUACUCAACAUGUCUUCUUGCUUAAUUUAUCGGCAGAGUAGUUUAUACAUAUUACUUUUUACAUACUAUAUAUAAUUAUGAUUUAAAGGUUGCUGGAUAAGAUCAAAGUUAUAUAGUGGCCAAUGUCAGUUUUGUAUUGCACAAAAGUUCACAUAAAACUUAACAACAUAUAAUUUGCUAUCUAGGAGCUAUGAAUAACAUGCAAUGCAUUUUUAUGUAAAUAUUCUGUAAACAGUAUAUAGUUGUAGGAUCUCAUUUACCACAUGUACAAAUCUCAGCCCAACAGACUCUCUAUAGAUACAAAUCAAGAUUCACAAAAUUGAAGACUCCUUCCAAUCACACAUAUUCCUUAAGAAAAUUAAACAGUUUUAAACUGUGAUGCACACAUUUUCCCUUUAUUGCCUUAUUGUUAAUUUGUGAUCAAGCAAAAUCUGGAUAUUUCAUUAAUCAAUACAUACUGAAAAUUCAUUUAGUGUGAAAUCAUUUUUUUAAAGUACAAGUUACAAAAUAUUGUUCACAACCGUAUUCCUAUCAGGUUGCUAGGCUUAAAGAAACUCUAACUCAAGUGUGCUAGCAUAAUGUAAUUGUACAUACUGUAAUAUUAAUACCUGCAACUGGAUCACAAUGCAUCCAGUACAUCUGAACACUUGUCACAUUUAUGAUUUACAAAUACAUAUUAAUGAAUUAAGAGUUUUAGCAUCUCUACAACCUUGAACUGUAUAAACUGGGGAAAGAAACAAUAAAAAAUUGUUAAAUCUAACUUAUAAAUAAACAAGUACUUGGUUAAUACUGCAUGCUUUGUUUAAUAUUAAGACAGGUGUGUGGAAUUGUCAUUCAUUACUGGAAGAUCAGGUGACUUUGCAGUGUCUUGUCAAUCUCACACAUUUUCCUUAAUGUGGAGGCACAAAACAUGUCAAUACCACUGUAACUGCCAUACAGAUUCAAUUUUAUAUGUUUGAGCCCUAUGCCCAGCUGCUGCCCUAACAAAGUCUUAAUGUUCACUUUGGUGUGAGUUUUAAUGCUCCCAUACUCGGGUGUUCCUCUUACAUUCCAAGCACGUGAGUGUUAGGUUUUUGGAUUUCUGUUGUUUUGUGUAUUAGUUGGUCCUUUCAUAUCGUAGCAUCCCUGGGGUUUAAGAGAUGGAGGAAUGGACUUAUAACUCCGGCAACAUUAAUGGUAUUUAGCCUGUAAAGGGACUAUUAGUGUUCAUUGUCCUUUUCUUUGGCUGUUCUGUAACACCACUCUGAUGUUCAGCAGCUCCACAAGCUCCCAGCUGCUUCAAUUCCAGGCUGCACGUACAUCUCACACCACUCACCUUGGGGGUCUGUGGUAACAGGACCUCCACACUUUACUCAGCUCCAUGAGCCAAUUUAAAAACAGGAUCCUAACCGAGGCUCAUUGGCAACAAUGGACAAAGUCCGAUGGACUUCAUCAGCAGUAGAGGGGGCUUCUGUAAGUUCUCUAUCUGCACCCUGCUCCUUAGAGCUGCUUUUGUGACUGGCUUCUCCAGUUAAAACCACACAUUCUGAUUGUCUGGGGCCACCUGAAAAAUGUGUCCUUCUCAAGUUCACACAAGGACAAUGACAAUAUACUGCAGCCCAAUCCAGGACUGGUUUCUGCCUUGCACCCAAGUGUUGCUGAACAAGGCUCUGACUGUCACCAAACUGAAUUUGAUAAUACAUGUGUGACAAUGUUAUGUUUGAUGUCUCCCAACAACAAUUUGAGUGCAAUGUGUGGUGUGUUAAUCACUUCAUUAUAUGGCAUUAAGGGCUUUACACUAAAUGAAACAUAUUAACACAUAAUGGUUUUUUUUUUUUGGAAGUUUCAGAUUUGUUCAACCUGUUAAACUCGUUAAUUUGAGAAAACACGUUUUGUAUAAAAUUGUGUGUAUAAUGUUAUAUUCAAACCUUUAAAGCUUCCUUUAUAUAUUACAUUAGUUUAUGCAAAUACAGAUAUGGCGUCUGGGUGUUUGGGCCUGCAGCCUUUUGAUGCUUAGGCCAUGAAUAAGAGGUACAUUAAUUUAAUUUCAUUGAUCAAGUAGCCGUUAAGCUGAUGUCACAUUAUAUGACUUCUAGCCAUGGGGUAUAUCAGAUUUGCCGACCACAGUUGUUGAUAUUGUUGCUGGACCAUGACUUAAAUGACUGAAAAACACUGCCCAUAUCACAUUUUAGUGAUGGUACUCCAACUUUCCAGCACAGUCUUGUUUGCCCAUUUUUCUAACAGCCAAUAACGUGCAGUCUGAUGAUGCUGCGCAAAGGGUUAAUAGCUAGGGCAAGUUCAGCCACAAUUUAAUCUCUGUCGGCAUAUGUGAAACACAAGACAUCAGACAGAUUAGUUUCCUUUCUGUUUGUAAGAUUCAAAACAUCCAUGUUCCUUAUUCCUUGUUGCUUCUUUAUAUGCAUUGCAUUUCUGGCUGACCAUUCAUUGAAUUUUAGCUCUCAUGCACACAGAACCCACCCACAUGACAAAAUACAAAACCGAUCCUGUUUGAUUUUAUCGGAGUCAGCAAGCUGCAGACUAAUUGGAGUGAGUUGUUGAGUAUGUCACAUUACAUAACUAACUUCACAGGAGUGUGCUGCCUCCAAUUUACUAAGAUUAUGCACAUGAAGGUUACAACUGAAAAUUUCAGGAAAAAAAUCACAUAAUGUGACAAUCUUUUAGAGCUCAUGAUAAUUCAAUUAACAAGCAAAUAAUUUAGUCAACUGAAGUUUUAUUUUCAAAAUUUUUUUCAUCACAAGAAUAUAAUUUAAAACAUACCAUUUAAUGUGGAUGAGACUCUGGCUUAUGCCAAUUUUUACCAGGACUCUGAAAGCAUCCCAAGUCUAAAUCCCAAAUAAUAAAAUUAACUGCCAAUGUUUGGACGGGGUGGCAGUUAUAAUACUUUAAAAUACGUGUAUAGUUCAAAUAUAAAACACAAUUAAACACAUUCAAUAGCAUCCGUUUUACAAAGUGGUCCAGCAGUCCUUGUAGAGCAGGAGUUAAAUUUACAUUUGAGGUAUUUUGGAAUUUUAUACAGAUCUGAACUGAAACCCAUAUUGGUGUCUUCUUCAAUAAAAUUAAAGUCUUAAUGCCAUUUAACAUUCCAACUAAAAUAUAAUUGUGGAAGGAUGUAUUUUUAUUAUGAGUAACUGCAGUACGGUUUUCUAUUGACAUUUAUUUUGCAAUUUGUUUGUAUAUAAAAGGCUUCGUUUUAUAAAAUAACAUUUAAGCAUUAAAAUAUUUGGUUACGUUUUA